AUGGUGAAGAGAGGUGGCAUUCCUUGGCAGUCCAAAGGUUGCUGGACUUGCAAAAAACGCAGAAUCAAGGUUGGGGCAAACAAAGGGUACUUCUGUAAUCAGUGUGACCAGGGGAAGCCAGAAUGUAAUCGCUGUAUGAAACGUGGGAUCCAGUGCCUUGGGUACGAAAAACACGGCAUUUUUGUCCAUUAUGCUGCUGCUGCUGGAGCAGAUGGGAACCCAGAGUCAAGUGGCUCGGUUGGGCCUAUUCCUCGCGCACAAUACUUUUCAUCUAUGAAUCCCGUGGCUAGCGGACCAAUGUUUCGUCAGCAGUUCAUUUCGGAAUAUCUUCAGGGUUAUUUUCCUACAAAAAUGGCCGUGUCGGAUGUCGAUAUGUGGCAUUAUCUACUGCAAGGUUUUGCUGGGCUCCCGAAUAAAACCGAAAUGCUUGACAAGACUCUUUCGGCGAUCACAUGUCUUUAUAUUGGUAAAGCUCGCCAAGAUGACCGCAUGUCUAAACAUGGCCUCCAGCUUUACAAUGGCGCGAUACGACACAUGUCGAGCAUGAUCUCACGAGAUGUUUUCAGUGAGGAUAUUGUGUAUACCGCGGUCCUUUUUCAAGAAAUAGAGCCCUUGCAAAACCAAGCUAACAUCGGUCCUAUCACCAAGAGUUCUUAUUGCCCCAAUGGCCUUGGGUCGUGGCUAGCACACAUUAAUGGCUUGAACACGAUUAUGAAGCAUUAUCAUCAAAGAACGGUUAACAAUCCCCUUAUCGGACCUAUAUAUCAAAGGUAUCAGAAAUUGCGAAUGAUACAAUCAUCAUCUGCGAGAGGCCUGCUCCCGGAUGAAUACAAAUUCCUGACAGAAACUACCGACGGGACCCCCUUUUGCGAAUUACUGGGAAUAUUUGCAGAACUAUCCCCUAUUGUGACAAAGCUGCAGUCCAUCGAUCCAUCCGACUAUGAUGCGUGCCAGGAUCUAUUACAGCACUGUCUGCGAACGAAGAAACGAUUUUUCGUGUGGUAUGUAAACCAUCGAUUGGCAGAUGGAAUUACCACAGAUCCUCCUGGCGAAUUUCUCAGUUCAGACACGCCCGACGCUGAACGUUUAUUCGGGACUCCGUUAAGCUUCCGGAAUUUCGACUACAUCUUGCUGCAUCUUCAUUACUGGGCAGGACCGUGUCUCCUCUACCCAUCGAUCUUCCAUGCCAAGAAACUCGUCUACGCGCAUCCUAAAAGUAACAUUCCUGCCGAUAUCCUCAAAAAGGCUCUUGAUCCGCUACAAAAUGAGGAGUAUUUGGAAGCUAGUCAGUGUGCAGAUGAGAUAUGUCGUACCAUGCGUUACUGCACGCGAGAUAAUAUGAAGGUUGCAGGAUAUCACAUGACCAUGUUCCCCUUGUGCGCGGCUUCUCAGAUUUACACCAACUUCGAAAACCUGGAAAAGUUUUCUUGGUGCAUCAAGAUCGUUGAAAGCGCUGCUUCUCGGGGCCAUGAAACUGCAAAUUACAUAGUAGAUAUUUCCUGGCAUACUUGGCGCAUCAAGAACCAGUGUGGACCAAUGACUUCCGUAGCGCUUCGAGAAAUCGUCCCGGAAAGGGUAUCAGGGAAGCGCCACGAAAAGAUAUUAGAUGCGACCGAGGAAGCAUAG